AUGUGGGAUUCAGCGCCCCGUGUAAAUGUGACUUACUCCUCUACCGGCUAUAUCUGGGUUUGGUUCAUAAAGGUUUUCGCAGAAGGUAGCAUUUCUCUUCAUUUUGGUUUAUUUUUUUUGAAUGCAGUGUGGCUGAAUGGUCGGAAGGGACUUUACGGCUCUCUAAAUACUUCGCUUGAUUUAUGGCCCGCCCCUGAGGCUGAAGCCAAGAAGCCACAAAAGAUGAAGCGGCUAAGGGACAACCAAUCACUUUCUUACCCAGAAAACAAACAUGCUUUUUGCCAAGAUAUCAUAGUUCCUUUUCAGCCUCGGGGGAAUUUAACGGCCUCGGCGCUUAGUAGUAGGUGCGUUCAAGGCAUCUCGUAUUGGCGCUUCCGAGUUACAGUGCGCAAAAAAGCCAGCUUCAGUUCCAGAUAUGUGAUAUCGGGCGCUAAGACGUUUGUUAGCGAGCGCAGUAGAAACAUUCACUUACGAACUGAAGUGAUGAAAGCUCGUUUGAAGCUUGGAGACGAGGAAGCUAGUUUAGUCCCGCUACAACAAUUUGCCGACUUGCUAGUUUUCUCGGCGAGAUUGAUCAAGUAUGCAUACAUGCCGAUCGAUUUUAAACAAAUGCGUCAAGAAUGGUAUUUACAAGUUCUAGAGUCUCUGUCGUCCAGUUCUCGGAAUCGAAAGGUGGUAGGUGGCCCACCUCCAGAUUUUUUAGUGCCCGCAGGUGCGAUCACCGUCCAUAUAUUCCUUCCUCUUGGUACACUAGUACGGCAGUGGCAUACUAAUACGACGGUGCACUUGAAAAUCUGUAGGUGCUCUACCUGCCGAUUCCGAACACUGCACGUAUGCCUAGUGUCCGCCUCCGGUUGCCGCUCUCAGAAGCAAGCAGAGACUGAUCAGCUUAUUUGCUGGACUAGGCAGCUAGAAGCAAUGCACUCAGUUAUGCUAUCGACUAUCAUAACGCUACACGCUAGUCGAACACAUUUCACUCCCCACGUGAAAAUGGAGCUCUUCUAUACACAUGUCCAGGAUCAAUACAGGCUUCCUCGAGAAUUCUACAAUGCCCAGAUACGGGACAUGGGCGAUUUGAGCAAUUGA